CACACGCACGGAAUUACACCAUCACGAGAAUUGGCUGAGGAACCCACGAACUUCCACAGUAACACUGCAGAACCAAUGGCGCACAAAAAUCGAUGUGACUUUCGUUCUGUCUCCAUGGUUUCUAUAAUGUUAACAUAUAACUCUCCUACUCAUUAUGUCGCUGUGACCAUCCGGAUAAACCACACUGACCUCUGCCAACACUCUUUCAACACACCCAGUGGUUAUAACAUUCUGACAUAG